GGAUAGUGAAGACAUGAUGAAUGGGCACAGAGGGAUCUCCUUCCUUGUGUUGAAGAGAAGAGCAAAAAAAAAAAGUGGCAUGGCAAAGGGUUUUCAAUUUUUUUAUUCAAUUAGAAAUGGGAGGCACGUGAGCUUCAUUUGAAAAGAAUUGGAGACAUAAUCCAGCAGCUACACGGACAGAAGUUGGACUUUCAAUUGGAAAACUGGCAACGGCACUCCAACACAUCACGGACCAUGGGCUUUUGAAGAGGAAGCACGUCCAGCAAGCUGUUUUGAGUGCGCUGUUCAGAUGAGAAAACACAGCCUUCACACGGUCCAGGGGCCACCGAGAAAAAAAGAAGCGGUGAUUUUUCUUAUCUGGGCUUUAAGAAAAAAAGAGGCUACAUGGAAUUAGGUUUUCAUCCUUCAUUUAGGGUGUGCAGCCGCCACCCAGGGAUUUUCCCUUUUGGCCGGAAGCCAUAAACACAUCACUCUUCGACCAUCCCAACAACUACGUAGCCAUAGCUUGGCUCAAGUUCGUUCCCAGACAGACCAUACACAGUCGCCUCCGGCUCCGACCGCCGCAUCAUAGCCAUCGUCGUUUCCAUAUGCCACGGUGUCUUCAACAGGGUCGUUUCCACCGUUUGUAGGUGCACCAUCGCCUCCGUCUCCCUCCGCUACCUUCCCGUCUCCUUCCUUGUGUUGGAUGAAAGGUAACGAAGGAUGAACGCAUUGAAGUGUAGAUUAUUGCACACUCUUCGUGGUGAUGUGCCCACAGAAGCAUUGAAGAGAAGAGCGUUGGAAUUGGAGAAGAAAAGGAAGAUCAGACAACCCAAGAGCAAGGACCAGUUUAUCGUUACAGUUCCCGAAUCCCUGAAGUACCUCGACACUGCGACCAUUCCCAUGGUCGUCGCCGCUGUUGGAAUCGCUUUCUUCGCCAAAUUCCUCAUGAUGUAUGAUGAAUCUAAAUCCCAAGAGCUGUUGGAGCGUGAGAUAAAGAAUGCUCCUGAAGGUCAAGGCACCUUUAGAAUGGUAACCCGAGAGGAGUGGGAGAAGUUCCGAGAAAUCAGGCCCAGAACCCCAUUUGAGUCCACUUUUUCGCGCCCUAAUUCCAGAAUCAGAACCGGAGAACCAUUGCGCAUGGAGGAUGUAAAGGAUUGGACAACUGAUGUUCUCAUGGAUGCUCUUCACAGUGUAGAAGAGUAUGGUAAGCAUGGUUCUAAGUAAUGUAACUACUCCGAUUAACCUCAAAUCACCCUUUGCUUUUUAAUUUUAAUGCUUAGUAUAAAAAUUUCCAGUACUAUUUGUUGUCUUGGUCUCAGUGAUGAGAUGGCAUUGAAUCAUUUUGCAACUGUUACCCACAUCUUCACCAAGGAAAAUUGCUUUCUUUAGUAGGCAAACAUGAAUCACAUAAUGGCUCGUAUUUUGUUGUAUCUUUGGGUGAACAUGUUUUAUGUAUCAAAAAUAUACAAGAUAAUUGCAGUGUACUUUGUUGUA